AAAAACCUAAACCUGUAACUGAAAGCUAACUUCACUAACAUACUCUUUGCUCUCUAAUAAAUUGCUUGAAGAUAGGAAACACUAAGCAUUAAAUCAAAACAAAUGAUUGUGAAAAACACAUUUCACAGAAAUGGAUUUUUGCUGUGCAGUGUCCUUUGUAGAAAAACUAGAUGUUUUUAAAGUAAUUUUUUCCCUCCUUCCUAAGAAGAUCCUUUCCUAGAUCCUUUCCUAGAGUCAAACUUCAAAAUACAUGGAAAUGUUUUAUCAUAAUGUCAGUGCAUAUACUUGAAGCUGAUAGGUAGAUAGCAAUGUAAAAAGAUUAACUUAACAUUCAAAACACUUGUUUCUUUCCAGUGAAAGUAUUUUUGAAAGGCUGAUCAUUGAAUGCAGUCAAUGCCACAAUCAUCUAGAAACAGUGCUGCAUGUUCUAAUGUCCCCUUUGUGGAUGUGUGCAGCUGAGAAGUGUGGUUUGGUUUAGAUAGCUUAUUCCUUUUUUGGAUCCUUAAAUAUGACAGGUCAUAUGUGCAUUUAAAUGAAGACUUUCUUAAAAGUUAGAUUAUAAUUCCACAGUGUCUUGUGGCUGCUACUGUCUAAGUUAGAAAUGCUGUUAGUUUCUAACUUUUUGGCUGGUGCCUCUAGUGGUAAAAAAAUUUAAUCCUAUUAACUUUCUACAAAUAAUGAUCCUUAAUGAAGCCUCAGUACAAAAUUCAAGUUACAUGUGCUAUAUUCAUACAGGAGCAAUGUGGUCAUUCUAGUUUUACUAGAAGGUUUCACUGAUUAUUCUUUAAUUAGACAGCAUUCAACUCACUGCCCCUCUUCUCUUUUUUGGUGGAGGAAUAAGUGGAAGUCAUUUAGGGGCAGAGGGUGAAUGGUAUCUGUUGAAUUUUUGUGUAAGUUUUUGGUUAUGAUCCACACACAUUAUCAAAUUUCUGGUGCCAGGUAAAACCUGGUGAUUUUGUAAUUGUAGCAUACCUAUAUCUUGUCUCAGAAAUAGAGUUUGAAGAAUUGCUUGGACAGAGGUGGGUAGCUGGCAGAUUGUAGCAUAUAAAUAGCUAUUUCUUCAUAGCCCUUUGUCUUUCUGGCAGCCUCCACUGCUAGUUUAAUUUAUGUAAGUGAAUGUGGAGAAAGAAAAGUUGUAAAACUGCUUGCUUACAGAGAGCAUAAUUCAAAUGGUGUCGUGAGAACUGCAUUUCAGUAUUUGAUGUAGUGCAUCCAUCUGAGAGAAAAACCACUCAAAAAAGCCAUUUUUCACCAUCUUAUGUUUCAGAUGCAAAUACCCCCUGACUGCUGAGGACUAAUGUUUUGUUAGCUGUCUUUGUAAUUUGAAUGUCACAGGCAAGCAGUGGAUGGUCCCAAUUACAUGAUACCGCAUAAGGGUCCCUUGCUGACCAUCAAGAAUCUCUGUCAGAAAGCUGUUUAGUGCUCCCUGUAUUAGCAUAACAGACAUGACUUUCACUAGGAGCUACCCCAAUGCUUUCUUUCAGUGCUCAGCAGUUAAGAGGAUCCACUCCAGAGUAGGAUUCUGCAAGUGGCUGUGACGUAUAGCUUUAAUAAUUAGACCUGACAUUCACUUUGCUCUUCUCAUCUGACACUUCAGUAGCAGUUAGUUAAUUUAACACUAAGUAGCAGUUUUUUUACAUGGUACUGUAGAGGCAACUGAGAAAAUGAAACUGCCUUUAAAUUACCUCAGAAUAGAAGGAAGUCAUGCAGCCAGCCUGGUCAUUAGGAGUGUAACAAUCACAUUAAUGAAUCAGUGAAGAAUUGAAAUAAUCACAACUUAUGUAAAUCACUUAUCUCCAGAGCCUGUUGGCCUGUAGGGAAGAAGUGAAGCUUCACUAUUUGCCUCAAGAGACAGGGCUGAGCUAGGGAUCUGCUGUGAGAAGUUCGAUCCUCAUCAGAGACUGUUCCAGUAUCUCUGGUGUGCUUAAAUAUGUGGCAGCUUCCCCUUUGCCUGCACCUCCUCUUUCAGUUGUUUUUGAGAAGACUCUUGAUGCUGUAAAAUGAGGUCUUUAGUCUUAGCCAUAGUUCACAGGAAGGAAUCUGGCCCAAAUUCAUAACAAUCUGAAGCAAUCACAUGGGUAAAUCCAGGAACAAAAGCAAGAUAUGCAGAAGCCCUACUGCUCAUGUUGCAAAAUGUAGGGCAACUGAAAUAGCAGACAAAGUCUGGGAGGCAUCCAUUAGGCCUGCAGCAACAUCCCUAGGUGCUCCUUGAAGGAGGAGUCCCUGUCAGCAAGUCUGGGUCUAAUGGAAAGUCUCCAGUCCUCUUCUGAGGGCGGCAUGCAAUGCCUCAUCCAUCUGUUGAAACAAAGGAUCAAGGACUGAUAAUCAGGCAGAAGGACAUCCUAUGAUAUUUAAGAUUUUCAGAAAUUAAUAUUAAAAGGGGACCAAUACAUUGAAGAUGAGAGCAGAAAAUCAGUUUAAGUCAAAGGAGAAGCUGCCAUAUUAAUUCUUCUUGCAGGGAAUUGUUCUCAGUACAAGCUAUUAAUUUACGAGCUGCAUUAAAUACCAUUUUCAAGUUUGACUAUAAAUGAAAGUCCAGAGGACCAGCUAGGUACAGAUCAGCUCUUAAAAUGAUAAGGAUUAAAAGGGCCAUUACCAGACAGUAGCAGAGUAUAUACAUUACCAAUGAUUUAAUUUUGUUUCUUUGUAUUUGUUACAAAUAGGGAGGAAAUCGAAUCAAUGUCUUCUCAUCUUGGCAAAUUUGUAGCUUGAUUUGCUAGGAACUUACUGUUUGCUUUUAGAAGCAGUACACAGAGAAGUGUACUGAAAAAGAGCCCAGUUCACUGGAAAGAGGAAACAAAACUCAGAGAAAUCCUCAGCCUGGCACAGAAGAAAAUGCCUUGCUCAGCAAUUUAUCUUAAGCACACAAGCUGACACAGUUAGCUAUGAAGAGGAAUUGUCGUGGGAUUCGUUGGCACUCUGGAGUUUCUGUGUGCUGGUCCAUCAUGUUUGAUUGUUUAAGCUUCAUGGACCUUAGAAGUGUAGACAAUACAGUCCUGUGCUUUGUAAGGAGUCGCAGCUGCCUUCAGAUUAGAGCUUUCACAACAACUGGAGUGGUGGCCAGCAGGGAGACAUAUGCAGAGCUACUGCUGUGCAUAAUACUUCUGAGAUAAAGAGGAAAGAAAACCACGUUGCCAGCUUUUGCAGAGUUGAAAAGGACUGGUGUUAACCGCUUGAUUGCGUGAAUGCAAAGAGGGGAGAAGAGUAAGGAAUAAUAUUAUGUUGCAGUUUAACAGUCAGCAAGAGUUUCUUUUCCAAAAACAUAAAGGCAGAGAGAUGGAAGCACCGAACAUCCUUCUGCGGCCCAGCAAGGGGAAGGAAAAGGAAGUCUUUCAUGUAGACAAGCAGAGUGGUACCUCUGCCACCACUGCCUUGAACACCCAGCCCCUGCUGCAACUAGGACCUGAGGGGAAUUACAACUAUUAUGUGGAUGAUGAAGAUGAGGAAGAUGAAGAGAAAGAAGAAGGAAACUGGCAACAUGAAGAUGCAUUUAAGGGCGAAAGCAAGGCCUCAUCGUUUAUUCCUUGUUCCCCUGCUCUUUCCUCUAGAUCCCCAGCCACAUCAUCUACUCCAUCCGUGCUGAACAUCAAUGUUGGUGGCCAGAGUUACCGCCUCACCUACCAGGCAGUGGCCAUCUACCCCAAGACGCGCCUGGGCCGCCUGGCUACCUCCACUGACCGCCACUGCCAGCUGGGCCUGUGCGACGACUACGCUGCCCAGGUGGACGAGUACUUCUUUGACCGGGACCCAGCUGUCUUCCAGCUGGUGUACAAUUUCUAUGCCUCGGGGGUGCUGCGGGUGAGGGACGAGCUGUGCCCCCGCAGCUUCCUGGAGGAGCUGAGCUACUGGGGCGUGCGCCUCAAAUACACGCCCCGCUGCUGCCGCAUCUGCUUCGAGGAGCGCCGCGACGAGCUGAGCGAGCAGCUGAAGGUGCAGCGGGAGCUGCGCUCCCAGGCAGAGGCUGAGGAGAAUGAGCAGCUCUUCCGCCACAUGCGCUACUACGGGCCCCAGCGCUGGCGCCUCUGGAACCUCAUGGAGAAGCCCUUUUCCUCUGUCACCGCCAAAGUGAUGGCAGUGGCCUCCAGCUUCUUUGUGCUCAUCUCCGUGGUGGCCCUGGCACUCAACACAGUAGAGGAGAUGCAGCAGGUAGACUGGAAGAGUGGGGAUAGCCGGCCUGUCUUGGAGCAUGUGGAGACCUUGUGCAUUGCAUUCUUCACAUUGGAGUACCUGCUGCGCUUGGUCUCUACCCCAGACCUGCGCCGCUUUGCCAGCAGUGCCCUCAAUGCAGUAGACCUCAUUGCCAUCCUGCCCCUCUAUCUGCAGCUGCUGCUUGAAUGCUUUACUGACGAUGACCAGCCCCGGGGUCGGGGCUCCCAACACGAGCACGAUAUCGAGAAGGUGGGGCGAGUGAGCAAGGUAGGACAAGUGCUUCGCAUCAUGCGCCUCAUGCGCAUCUUCCGCAUCCUCAAGCUGGCCCGCCACUCCACAGGGCUGCGUGCCUUCGGCUUUACCUUGCGCCAGUGCUACCAGCAGGUGGGCUGCCUUUUGCUCUUCAUUGCUAUGGGCAUCUUUGCCUUCUCUGCCAUGGUCUACACAGUGGAGCACGAUGUCUCCAGUACCAACUUCACCAGCAUUCCCCAUGCCUGGUGGUGGGCUGCCGUCAGCAUCUCUACAGUGGGAUAUGGAGAUAUGUGUCCAGAAACGCACCUUGGACGCCUGUUUGCUUUCCUCUGCAUUGCUUUUGGAAUAAUCCUGAAUGGCAUGCCCAUCUCCAUCCUCUACAAUAAGUUCUCAGACUAUUACAGCAAGCUGAAGGCCUAUGAGUACACAGCUCUCAAGAAAGAAAGAGGGAAGGUCGACUUCACACGGAGAGCCAUGAGGAAAAUAUCUGAGUGCUGCGGAGAAGGUGCACCCCACCCUUUGUCACAGCAAUGAUAGUUUGUGCUUCUUUGGAUAUGGGGAGGCAACCAAGAAGCAGGAGGAGAAAAGGGAAAAACAAAGCAGCCAAAAGAUAAACCAAAAGGGCCAAAAGUAACAAAAGUAGAUGGUGAAAUCUGUUUUGAAGGGGGUUGUUUUCAAAAUUUAAAAGGCUCAGAUUAAAACAACAGAAUUUUUUAACUCUGAUAGCCUGUGAGCAGCACUUGAAUGCUCAUCAACUCUCUGAAAUUAAUUCCUUCAAAUUAAACAUUCUGAAUAAGUCUCACAUUAAAAUAUAGCCCCCUGCUACUGAUUAGAUUGACAAUAAAGACCCACCAUAAUUGUACAAACACAAAACAAAUUGUUGUCAUUAAGGGUCAGCCACCUUACUUCUGCCAUGGCAGUGUCAAAAAUUCAACUAAUAGAAUACCUGAUAUACUGACUGUGUCACUUAAAUUGGUUUUACAUCAGCUUUCAAUUAGAGGAAAAUGGCCUAGAGCACUUACCUAAAUAUUAGCAGCAGCUAUAAUCCCUAAAAUGUUAGCCUCUGUUUCCAUUGACAGAUAACUAUGCUUCAUUGUUCUAAUUUUAUUUUUCAAAUGCAGCCCUGCAAAUGAGCCCUCCUGUUUUCAUGCCUAGUCAAGCAAUGCACUGUUUUUAGCAUUUCCCACCACCCCACCUCUAUAAUCAUCUUUCAGUAUGACAGGAACUAGUGAAGAAUUCUGGAGUCUGAGCUGAUAAAUCUCAUUGAUCAAAUCUGCAAACAUUUCCAAACUCAAUCCUUUUUAGGUAUAGGAUUAAGUAAUAAUUUAUUUUGCAAUAUUUAAUGUAUCUAUUUAUUGGAUUGUUAGAAUAAUAGACCUGUCAAGGAACAUAAGUAUUGAAGCUGUAAUUUUAAAAUAAUCAAAGGAAAUACAUGGGUAGCAACUCUCAAAGACUAUUCAUACAAAGGAUUUUAUCGGCACUUCACUGUAACAAAUUUUAAACAUUAUUUAAAAUCAAGAAAAUUUGUCUGGUACAUACAGCCAUAGGGACACAAUCCUGACACCUUAGCUCAUCCCCAGGAGUACCUUAUAUCCUAAGAUUACUGUGUCUUCUUGCACAGCUGGACGGGAUUUCUCAUGUAUCUAAUCUCAUCUCAAAAUUUAAA